AUGAGGUUGAAGAAGAUGAGAGGCGAAAUUUCGAACUUCACAUCAAAAGUGCGAUGGUUCAAGCAGGGCUUCGCGUCUUCGUGGGUGAUUGACAAUCUUCCUUUUCUGCGACUCAUCAUCAAGUCGAAUCUGCGGAAGUGGAAACCUGCGCAUCUUGGCGUUAGGGCGCGCGCAGUUGUUGCAGAAGAAACAGAACAGGGCGUGACUCGCAUUAUCUUCAAUCCGAAGGACUUGGCAGCCGCGCGAGAAACGCUCCGCGCUGCAGAUGCAAGCGCAAAGAAGAAGGACGAGGAGGGCGAGGGGGCUGGUAUAGCUUAUCUAGAGUAGAACUGUGCAAACCGCGAUGAAUAUUUCUAGAAGAAAUUCUGACACACGCCCUGUAUUUGGCCUCACUGAUGACGAAUGAAGUUGCUUUGCUUUCUUGUCGAGAAUUACAACCAGCUGCUUCGGAAUUGCAUCGAAUCGUCUCACUGUGCAGCAAUUUUGUGGAUUCACCUCCCCCUCUUUCACACCAUCCAGGCUUGUACAAAGACGCGAUGGAUUUCGGGAGUGAUAGCGAGGAGCAGAAACAGCAUAAAGAAGAUGAUAAGCGUGCAGCGAGUGGUGAAGCGGCUGAUCCGGCUGCGCCUGCAGCUGCAUUUGCAGCUCCAAUGGUGUCU